AUUGUUCUCGUUCUCUCGGCCGAAAAAAAUUUCUUUGGAAUAGUUAAAUUUCCGUAGAAAUACCAGCAUUAAAUGCAAUAGCGCGUUAAUAAAAAACCAAUCUGUGAAACUGUGCGCAUUACCAGUGCAAUUCAAAGAAGAGUUGUUGUGAAAUUAAAACUAUAAUCGUCUCUGAUCCAAGCAAAAAUCAAAUAUUUGUUCGUGGCAAAAGUGUAAUUGUGUGCAAAAGCCAAAAAUAUGUCAUCUAUGAAUCCAGAAUAUGAUUAUCUCUUCAAACUGCUGCUUAUCGGCGACUCUGGCGUUGGAAAGUCCUGCUUGUUGCUUCGGUUUGCUGAUGAUACAUAUACAGAGAGCUAUAUCAGCACAAUUGGUGUAGAUUUUAAAAUCAGAACUAUAGAGCUGGAUGGCAAGACCAUAAAGUUGCAAAUCUGGGAUACUGCUGGCCAGGAGCGCUUCCGUACAAUAACUUCGUCAUAUUAUCGAGGUGCGCAUGGCAUUAUUGUUGUGUACGAUUGCACGGAUCAGGAGUCCUUUAACAAUGUAAAGCAAUGGCUGGAGGAAAUCGAACGAUAUGCCUGCGAGAAUGUUAAUAAGUUGCUGGUGGGCAACAAGAGUGAUUUGACCACCAAGAAAGUUGUGGAUCAUACCACGGCUGCGGAAUAUGCAACCCAAUUAGGCAUUCCAUUCCUUGAAACUUCGGCCAAGAGCGCCACCAAUGUAGAGCAGGCCUUCAUGACGAUGGCAGCUGAGAUCAAGAACCGUGUCGGGCCGCCGUCAAGCGCUACCGACAAUGCUAGCAAAGUGAAAAUCGAUAAUGGACGUCCAGUGGAAAACACCAAAUCUGGUUGCUGCUGAAUAACUCUGAUUGUGAAUCAUUAUUAUAAAAGUAAACAAAAUUUAAACAUAAUAAAUUAAAACAAAGGAAAAAACAGCAACAUUACAAAAGCAAAAAGCAAAUCAUAAUUAUAUAUUAAUAAUUAUGACCAAGCAUAUAUAAUGAGAGUAUAAAUGAGCACUGCGAAGUAAAAUGCUAGCAUGCCCCAUUAAUACGAAAAUGAAAAUCCAAUCUGUGGACACAAUUUAAGCAAAUAAUAGGCAACCAAGAAAUCGAAAAACAAAAAACAAGUACUAUACACGUCUUUUUCAUUUCGAGUUUUCUGUUCAUAAGUAGUGCAAAGCAAAAGAAAAAAAAGGUGUAGUAAUUAAAUUAAUCUAACCUAUUGUAAGAGUUACUUACCACAGCAGCAGCGCGAACCGAACACUAUUAAAACACGUAAACAAUUGCGAAAGUAAAGAGUUAAACAAAUGAAUGAAAUACUGCGUUUAUUGUAAGCAUAGCUCCUUGGCGAGCGCCGUCACACAUAAAUACGCCCACACACACCCCCAGAAAAACAAACAAACAAAGACGGAGCCAGAAGAGAACAUAUUUAACAUCAUUGUGUAUGCUAUUAUAUUUAAAUUAAAACUUACGAACAUACAUAUUAUCCAACGGGCUCGCCACAUGUCUCUAUCAUAUUGUAAUUUUUAUGUAAAUCAAAACAAUUUUUAUUAGAAUUAACAACAAAUUACA